AUGGCAGGCAAAAGGUCGGCCCGCGGACCGGCUAGCUCUGGCUGCACCCAGGAGGCUUUGGCGCCCCGGCUCGCACCUUUCAUGCCCACUCAAACCCCUCGCCGGAAAAAACCAAGCAACCUCCUCGCGGCCAUCCAGGUGAUGGGCUUCAUCCGGGAGAUGGGCAGCACUUACUGUCCAAUAGGGAGGCUGUCCUGGCUCAUUAUCCGCGUAGGAGGCCGAGCGUGUCACCUAGGGCUAAGCCUCGACACUCCGCUAAAAAAGUCAGCCAGGGUUAGCGUGAGAGCAGCUUCCGUGGGUGUUAGCCAGUCCCUCCCUGCAGCCAUCACCUCUCCGAGCGCCGAAACCGCUUCCUGCGCGCUCCUCUGGCUCUGGCAACCCGGCUGCCCCCUCCACCGCUCCUCCUCCGCGGCUUUGGGAUUGUUAAAUAAAUAUGAUUAUACCUGUUACAGCUCGCAAAGUGCUCCUCCAAGUGCAGAGAGCAGAGCGAUGCCAUGUUCCUGGCUCGCCCGCCGCUCCAUCUGCGCUCCACCAAUAAGUCUUGUGACGUCCUUUUAUGCCGCGAUUUACGCCGAGUCCACGCCGACAACCGACAACCUGCCCGCGGUGGACUCGCUCGCACACCUUUGA